UCCUUCCUCCGCCUUUUGUGCUACCAGGAGAGGCGCCGGAGCCGGAGCGGAGCGGGUCCCCCGCCGGACUUGCUGGUGGCGGCGGUGGCGGAGCUGCUGGGCGGACGACGGAGCCCCGAGCGAGCGACGGACCCCGGCCGGCCCUCCGGGAGCGAUGCUGGUCCUGGCCGUGCUGUGGGUCUUCACGGGAGCCGACGCCGCUUUCGCCCAAGUUCUGCAGACCCGCUUUGUCGAAGAGCCUGAGGACCAGACAGUGGUGGCCGGGCAGAGGAUUGUGCUCUCUUGCGUGGUGCUGAACUAUUCCGGGAUCGUGCAGUGGACGAAGGAUGGCCUGGCCCUGGGGAUGGGGCAAGGCCUCAAAGCCUGGCCCCGGUACAGGAUCAUUGGAGCCUCUGAUUCUGGACAAUACAACCUGGAGAUCACGGAUGCCGAGCUCUCGGACGAUGCCCUCUACGAGUGCCAGGCCACAGAAGCGGCACUUCGCUCCCGGCGCGCCAAGCUGACAGUCCUCAUUCCUCCCGAGGACCCCGUGAUCGACGGAGCCCCCGAGAUCCUGCUGCGGGCUGGGACCCCGCACAACCUCACGUGCCGGGCGCGCAACGCCAAGCCGGCCGCCACCAUCGUCUGGUUCCGCGAUGGGGUGCAGCAGACGGAAGCGGCCACGACCACGGAAGUCUUGCCGGACGGGAAGCGAGAAUCCACGCUCAGCCAGCUGCUCAUCAACCCCACCGACCAGGACAUCGGGCGCGUCUACGUCUGCCGCUGCGCCAACGACGCCAUCCCAGCGGGCAAGGAGACCUCCAUCAAGCUCAACGUUCACCACCCCCCCACCGUGACGCUGUCCAUUCAGCCCCAGACGGUGCAGGAAGGAGAGCGAGUCACCUUCACCUGCGUGGCCACCGCCAACCCAGAGAUCAAAGGCUACAGGUGGGCCAAAGGCGGCAUCAUCAUUGAAGACGCCAAGGAGAGCAGAUACGAGACACAGGUGGACUACACCUUUUUCACGGAGCCCGUCUCGUGCGAAGUGCACAACGACGUGGGGAGCACCAACGUCAGCACCCUGGUGGACGUGCAUUUUGCCCCUCGCAUCGUGGUGGAGCCCAAGCCCACGACCACCAACAUCAGCCUGGACGUGACGCUCACCUGCGUGUGGGCAGGGAACCCGCCCCUCACGCUCACCUGGACCAAGAAGGAAUCCAACAUGGUGCUGAGCAACAGCAACCAGCUGUACCUCAAGUCCGUCACGCAGGCGGACGCCGGGCUGUACGUCUGCAAGGCCAUCGUGCCGCGGAUCGGGGUCGGCGAGAGAGAAGUCGCCCUCAUUGUCAACGGCCCCCCCAUCAUCUCCAGCGAGUCGGUCCAAUACGCCGUGCGUGGGGACCAGGGCAAAGUGGAAUGCUUCAUCGGAAGCACCCCUCUCCCUGACCGGAUGGCUUGGAGCUGGAAGGAGAAGUUUUUGGAGGCGGGCACCCUGGAGCGCUACACUGUGGAGAGGAGCAACACCGGGAACGGCGUCCUCUCCACCUUGACCAUCAACAAUGUGAUGGAGAGCGACUUCCAGACCCACUACAACUGCACGGCCUGGAACGGCUUCGGGUCUCGGACGGCCAUCAUUCAGCUGGAGGAGAAAGAAGUUCUGCCCGUGGGAAUCAUCGCCGGCGCCACCAUCGGAGCUGGCAUCCUGGUCAUCUUCUGCUUCGUGGCCCUGGCCUGCUUCCUGUACAGACGGCGCAAAGGAAGCCGGAAGGACGUGACGUUGCGCAAGCUGGACAUCAAGGUGGAGACGGUCAACCGGGAGCCUCUGACGCUGCACACGGACCGCGAGGGGGACACGGCCAGCGUCUCCACGGCAACACGCAUCAUGAAAGCCAUCUACUCACCGUUCAAAGAUGAUGUGGAUCUCAAGCAAGACCUGCGCUGUGACACCAUCGAUACUCGGGAAGAAUAUGAGCUGAAGGACCCGACCAACGGCUACUACAACGUCCGCGCCCACGAGGACCGCCCGUCUUCCCGCACGGUGCUCUACGGCGACUACCGCAACCCCGGCCCUUCCCGCUACGAGGCGCGGCCCUCGUCCUGCCUCUCCCACUCCAGUGGCUACGCCCAGCUCAGCACCUACAGCCGAGGACCAGCCUCGGAGUACAGCGCCGAGCCCGUCCCGGGCCCCGCUGCGGGCGCCUCCACGGCCGAGACGGCCAGCCAGCUCUCCUACGAGAACUAUGGGGGCCACGGAGCCUUCCCCCCCAGCGCUGGCUAUGCCACCUACCGCCUGGGCUACACCCAGCCCCCUCCGCCCGCCCUGGACCGAGCCCCCUACGACACCUAUGACCCCCUGGGCAAAUACACCACAGCCACCCGCUUCUCCUACACCUCCCCGGACUACGGGCAUCGAUUCCAGCAGCGGAUGCAGACUCACGUCUGAAAGUGGCCGGGACUGGGGAGGGCAGGCGGAAGGUACCUCACGACUCCCCCUGAUAUUCAGGGGCUCUUCCCCGCCCCCCGAAACCUGGCCCCCUUCGCCCUCCCCCCUGCAGGCUGGACUCGCAGACUUCCCCCCGACCUCAGACGAGGGCGAUACCCGGGGGUCCGUCUUUCAAAAUCCCCGAGCUUCCUUCCUCCGUUUCUCAGAAAUAUUUUUCUUCCUCCUCGCAUGAAACACUGCUGUGAUGGGGGGGGGCUUUUCCGAUUCAUGGGGGGCUGCAAGGGUGUCGAGCAAAAAGGGGGGGCAUCUUGUGAGACUGGACCCUCCUCUCUGCCUAAGGCAGCGCCUUAGUCUCGCGAUGGACACCUGCAAGGAGGUAGAAGGUUGGAAAUGACCAAACCAGCGGGGGGGGGCAGUGUGGCUGUGCUGGUGUUUGGCUUGGCCCCAAACAAGGAUCUGGGGGUACGUGGGGAGCCGUGCGUUGCAGUCGGAGGGGGGUUCUCAUCACAAUGAGUGCAAGACAGAGAGAGGCUGAUUUCUAUGUCAUGUGGACUAGCGACUUGAUUACCAAAUGGGGUCGCCACCCCUUCUUCUGUUCUGCGCUUGGUGCAACGACACCUCCUCUGUCAGAGCAGGUGCAAACACCCUUCUUUGUCACAGAGAGGCAUGCCAACGGGCCUCUCUGGCAGCACACGCUUUCACAUCUCCCCACACCGGUGCAACGCAGCCCCACGUCCCUUGGGGUGCGAACUGAUCGAGGUCAGGGGCUAACAUUUCACCCACCCGAAAACAUCAAGAGAGCCUCGUCCCGCCCGCCUUGAGGCCAUGACAGAGCUCCUUGCAGAAUUUCAUAGACUCGCAGAAUUGUAGGGUUGAAAGGGGCCCCCCAAGGAUCAUCUAGUCCACCCCGCUGCCAUGUGGGAGUCGAUUUGGUACGCCAAAGGACCCUGCCUGGGGUCCUCUGUGUCUUCACCCUCACCACCAAAUUCAGAGGCCUGGAGGGGAGAAUGGGCUGAGCUCCAUUGCGAUGCCUCGUCUCACCUGCUUCCAAGACUUUAUCCCUCCUCGUCCCACAGUCGGAGGAGAUGGGUGCUGGGGGCUCUUAUGGGAGAAACCGCCAGAGAGAAAAGGCCAAGGAGCUCUCCUGGGUCCCGUCCCUGUGACCUCUGGCUGUCUUGCUCAAACACCCCCUCCCACCUGGCUUCCAUUCUCUCCAGGCUCAUUUCCUAGCCAUGAGGACUAGUAGCUUAAGAGGUUUAGCUAGAAAAAUCAAGACACCAGCCAAGACUCUCAGGAAGCUGAAGUCCACGGAGGGUGGGAGUCUCUCUUCCCACCUCGCCUCUACGAGGGCAGGACACAUCCCUGAAUCGUUCCCUGGAGGAGGGGGCUCUUUUAGGGGCUGCCCUCCCCCGACCACCCCCCGCUCCUGCUCCCUGCCAGCCUCCCCUCCUGGCCAGCCACACUCUUUCUCCCUUGUACUUUGAAGGGGGCAAACGGAUUCACUGGCUGCGGGUGAUUGGAGGGUUUUUUAACUGUGGGGUGGAGGGAGAGUCGCGCCGAGAGAUGGGGCAGCUCAAGUGUCCCGGCUGGAAAUCGCCAGGCUGGAAGGGACUGCGAGGGUCAUCUAGUCCAACCCCGAGGAUUCCAGGAAUCCCUGCUCAGGCCUCCCUGACGGGACCCCCCACCUCUGCUUAAACCCCUCCAAGGAAGGAGCGUCCGUCCCAGGGAACCUUUCCCUGUGUCCAGCAGACGUCUCCCCCCUCCCAUCGCCCUCUCCCUACUUUGUGCAUUCCAAAAAGGGGGCUCUGCCUCCCCUUUCUUUGCCAUCCAAAGGAUCCACCUGCCUCCCCCCCUUUGCUUCUUCCCCCCAUCCCUUGACCGCCAAUCUUCUGCACUUCCAACGCAGGCGGUUGGGUUAAACUUAUUUCUCUCUUAAUGCCGUUUAUUUUUUGACAUUUGUCCGUCUUCCCUCCCUCUUCUCUUCCAUCUUCUUCUCCUCUUCAAGGAAACCCGCUCCCCCACUUUUUAAAUUUUUGUGCCUUAAAAACUCUUUGAGCUUGAUUUGGCCACUAAGAACAGCCUUAGGCAUCCUUUGGGGCGACACCCCUGCCAGCCCCGAGAUGGUACGGCCGUGUGGCGCUGGGGCUGAUGGGAGUUGGAGUCCCACGGCGUCCGGUGGGCCCCACAUUGGGGAGGCUGACCUAAAGCACUGAGCAGAGUCUCCACCAGCGGAGUCUGGGGUGGGGGAGGCAGGGGGUGGUAGAUGCAAAGGUCCAGAUGGGGGGCUUCUCCAUCCAGCAGUUUUGCAAGAAGCGAAGAGCUUUGGCUUCUUGCGUGUUCCAAAUGCCCCACAAUUUUAUCCUCCCUUUUUGCUCUCCCCUCCCCGCUUCUUGGCACGCUCCAUCUCUCAGGUGAGCAACAGGGCCAAGAGAUGCACAACUGGACUCCCUGCGGACCUACAAAGUGAGAUUCUCACUUACUUCCGCCUUUGCAUGCUACAUUUCCACCUGCAAGCUGAAAACAGGUUUCUUUGGCAACGGGUGCCCUCUGCACAUGACCUUGAAGCCCCUGGGCAUAAGAAUGUGCCCACACAGAGCACCAUCUUGUGGUUGCCUCCAGCAACUGCAACUCUGCCUGGUCAGGGAGCAGAAGGGGGCAGUGGGCGUUCUGGCACCCUUCACCUGCCAAGGUUCGAUUCCUGCUCUUGGAUUUGUCAUUAUCGCUUUUUCCUCCUCGGCGGGGCUCUCAUCAGGCAACAUAUUUGAUUUACAAGGUCCCUUAGGCUGCUUUUUCAAGUCGUAUUUUCAAAGUAUUUUCUCCUCUCUUUUUUGUAAGGAAAAGGAGCUGCCUGACCCGUCAGCCGUGAGCUCCCUUCCCUUCGAGGAAGCAGCUCGGUUGGUGCAAUACUGCAUGUGGCCACAGUGAGGUGCUCACCCACCUCUUUGAAUGAAGUCUAUUUGUGAUGGCACAUCAUGCCCUUUUUUGCUCCAGGAGAAGCUUAGAUGAAUUGCAAAAAAUGGAGAGAUCUUUGAGGGGAGAAGGGAAAUGUCUCCUUCCAAAGCCUCUUCCUCUCUCACUUCCUGAUCUUAGACUCCAGUCACCCUGGUCCCUCUCUCUCUCUCUCUCUCUCUAAAUCAUGGAGUCAUAGACUCACAUCAUUGUAGAGUUGCAAUGCCAGAAUCGCAGCUGAGGACCAUCAACAACCUCUGCUUAAAAUCCUCCAGCGAAGGAGAGGCCACCACCUUCCAAGGUGACAAAGGGCUCUUACUGUCAGAAAAUUAUCCCUAAUUUUUAGUCAAAAUCAUCUUGGAAUCCAUUGGUUGUGGUCCUGCCCUCUGGAGUACCAGCAAACAAGCUUGCUCCACCUUCCAUGGGGCAGACGCUGGAAGAGGACUCUCAUAUCGCCUCUCAGUCUGAUCUUCUCCAGGCUAAGCAGACCCAACUCCAUCAACCGUUCCUCGCAAGGCUGAGUUUCCAGAGCCUGAUCCUCUCAGUCUCCCUCCUCUGCACACCUUCCAGCUUGCCCAUAUCCUCCUUAAACUGAGGUGCCCAGAACUGGGCAUGGGACUCCAGGUGGGGUCUGACCAAGGCAGAACAGAACGGGACUGUUCCUUCCCUAGAUCUGGACACUAGACUUACUGUGGAUGCAGCCUCGAAUUGCAUUCCCCUUUUUUGCUGCUGCGUCACACGGUUGACGCUGGUGAUCUGCUAAGACCCCCUAGAUCCUUUUGACACAGGCACCGGAUCUAUCCACUGAGUAGGCAGAACCACAAAAUGUGGGGAGCGCUAUCUCCAUAGCUCAGCGUCAUUUGCUGCCCAAGAGCACAAGACCCCCCCCCCUCCCCUGAGACAGUCGGGAAAUUCAGCAAUAAUCACUCCCAAGCCUUUGAGCGGGGAUGCGCUCUGAGGUCAGAGCUGACAGCACUGGUAGUUCCGUAUGGGAUUCCCCCGGCCAGGCUGCCUUUGGGUACGCGGGGAGAAUGUGUGUGUGUGUGUCUGGGUGGGGGGAGUUACUAUGUCUCCCCCCCCCCAGCUCAUUUCUGUGUUAAUUCCACCCCCCCCCUUGCUGGAGACAUAUAUCUGUGAAUCUUUUUCACUCGUCCCUCUCCCUCUACACCGACCUUCCUUUUUU